AUGGGGAACUCGAUGGGGAACACUAUGAAAAUGACGAGACCCGCACCGGAAAUACAUACGCCGUGGCAAUCGGGCCACCGGAGUGACUUCCUCGCUGUCCUCUAUGACUAUCCCACCCCGGAUAUAAGCCAGCCAAUAUUUCAAGUCGGGGAGAAACUACGUGUGAUAUCAGACGAAGGAGGCUGGUGGAGAGCCCGUUCCCUCACGACGGGUCAAGAAAAUUAUAUCCCGGAAGACUGUGUAGCAAAAGUUUACCACGGCUGGUUGUUUGAAGGUCUGGGAAGAGAAAAAGCAGAAGAACUUUUGCAGCUUCCCAACACCAAGACUGGCUCUUUCAUGAUCAGAAACAGCGAAACGACAAAAGGUUUAUAUUCCUUGUCGGUUCGCCAUGUACAGGUGAAACAUUACAGAAUCUUCCGCCUGCCGAACAACUGGUACUAUAUCUCUCCUCGGCAAACUUUUCAGUGCCUGGAGGACCUCGUAAAUCACUACUCAGAGGUCUCCGACGGUCUCUGCUGUGUCCUCACAACUCCCUGCCUCGCUCAACAAACGAGCAACAACGAAGUCUGGAACCAAGAACCACCUGUGAUGAUGCGAAACAAAAACUUCACUUGGAAGGAAAAGCAGAGGUCAAAGGAGAACGACGACGACAUUGCAGCCAUGCUCGGAAUGGAAGACUCCGGCCUAAGCUACGGACUCCGGAACAGCAUCACCUCCUACCUCGCCCUGACCAGCAAAACAGACGCUUCCUACGUGAGCCACAGGAAGAAGAAAAGCAAGUCUGUCAUAUAUAGGCAAGACAAGCACCUAUCGCAGCCCCCUUUUCUUUACCAUGAGCACUGA